AUGCUCCAUCGUCACAAAACUUUGUUUUUUGUAGAUCAAUGCUCUAAAGAAUUUCCUAAAUCAUCCCUUGAAUCUUCUAUAUUCGAUUUCCUGGAAAUUAAUGAGUUUGCUGAAGAUGCACUCUUUUUUGAAAAACUUUACAAAUUUGCAAAGAUUUGGUCUCGCGAUUCAUCUGGUAUUAUCUCAUGCAUUCAUAAAUGUUCUAAAAUAAAUUUCAUGGACAUUUCUUUUGGAACCGGUUGCUGCUACACUCCAAACCUUUAUGUAGCCCCAUCGACUUUCGACUUCGUGGAUAACUAUGUGGAAGAUACUGUUGAUGCAUUCGAUCGGUUCUACGACUGCUUACAUGAAAAUUUGAAAAAACUUCAUGAUGUGGAUGAAGAAGUACGUCUGGCCAAACAAAAUUCAUUUGCGUACAAUAAUCUGGCGUUCUUUUUACCUUCCGCUAAUUUUGGAAAAGAACUUGACAUUAAUACUAUCAAAGAAUUGUCAGACUCAGAGUUAGCUUUGAGAGAAAAAUUACUCACUUUUGUCACUUUGGCCAGGAAACAGACUGAAUAUAUUCAUACAGAACUGGUUAGAGAUAUAGCUAGAUUGAGUGAAUUGAUUGAAACUUCAAAGAAACUUGGUCUUAAGGAAGAGCAAACCAUGUAA